AUGUCACUCCAAAUCGUGCCCUGGGAGCCAGAGCAGCUCCCAACACUGCAGCGCUCAGAGUCAGUCGAUGCGGACAUUAACACCGGCAAUGUGCCCCCGUCUCGGCCCGUGCUUCCGUCAAAGAUGUUGAAUCGCAGUCUCAAAAAGAAGUGCGCGACAUUUACCAAGAAGAUGUGGCGUGAAAACGGGGUCCGCGUCUGCUUUCUGGUUGCGGCCAACACAACGGAUAUAGGACCAGUUGUGAGCCUCGUGGAUCAUAAUGCCAUAAUUGGCGCACCAUCUAACUUCUCGGAUGUGACCCGUGACCCCAAGUGGAACUCGACGAACCUCUGGUCUGACUGGGAGAGGUUCGCCACUGAUCUAUUGGGAGAGAAGCCCCGGUCUGUUUUGGAUGCGAGAGUAGCGCAGCAGAGGGCAGACUUCGGUCGGCUCUUUGCCACCGAUGAGGCGACAGGAUUGCCAAUAAUUCCCCCCCGCCUGAAGAGCUCGAAAAGCUUGAAACGAGGACGUCGCAAGAGUGGCAGACGAUGGUUUAACCAGUUCCUCGUUGAACAUCACAUUACAAAACGAAGGAGAGCAUUUAGGAUGUCGGGGUGGCUUGCAUCUGAUGCCAAGCACGGCAUGCAGCCUCCCAUGUACGAUGAGUGGGCCACACGGGACGCGCAGAGGAGAGAGGCCGAGAGACAGGCCGAGAGACAGGUGGCCGAAGAACAGGCGGCCGCAGACCAGGCGGCCGAAGAACAGGCGGCCGCAGAACAAGGCGGCCGAAGAACAGGCAGCCGAGAACAGGCGCCGAGAGGCAGUCGGCCGAAGAACAGGCGGCCGAACAGGCGGCCGAAGAACAGGCGGCCGAGAGACAGGCGGCCGAAGAACAGGCGGCCGAAGAACAGGCGGCGACAGGCGGCCGAGAAACAGGCGGUCGAAGGACUGCCAGCCGAGAACAGGCGGCGGCCAGAACGUGGAUUGGUCAGCGAAGACAGGCAGGCCGACAGACAGGCAGACGAAGGAGAGGCGGCCGAGAGACAGGCUGUCGAAGGAUUGCCUGCCGAAAGACAGGCGGCGGCCAGACAGACGGCGGUCAGAACGUGGAUCGUUCAGCAAAGACAGGCGGCCGAAAGACAGGCAGCUGAAGGACAGGCAGAGGUGGUGAGCGCGGCGUAUGGAAGCAGUGCAUAUGGCCGGCUGAUGGCAGACCGCCCUCUGGAACAGCCCACCCCGCCGUGCCCGUUGGAGUUGUCGAUCGCAAGGUUCCCCUUCGUGUCGGGAGAUGCCGCCUUGCCGCCCUCCUCUCCACCCCGACCUCGUGGGGCGCCGCCGCCCGGGUUUUCCUGGCACAGUUUCCCCUCUACGCCGCCCGUGCAGCUUCCGCGAGCUGCAGCGGAGUCCGUCAGUUCAAGUUCGUCUGGGUCAUCGACCGUGCGCUCUGGCAAUGAAGUCCGUCACUCUGGAAAGAAGCGGCUGCUCCUGGACGAUGCCCCAGCCACGUCGCCACCGCGACAUUUCAAGAGGCCGAGAAGCGGAAGGGCUGUCGAAGAGCAGUGCAGCAACACCGUCUCAUAA